AUGAUACAAAAAAUCGACUUUGGUUCGAUAGCUAAGGCUUUUGGGUUAGACCCGUCAGCGUUGAAGUUGAAUGGUUACUUUAUAAGUAGAGGGAUUGAUCUUAUCUCUUCCUCUAAGACUGCUGAUCUUGUCGCAAGCAAAGUGGUGAACAAUAAUAUUCGAGAUAAAGUCGAUGAACUUCCUGGGAGCAUUUCUCGAAGCCAGUUCGCAUGCAGUUAUACAAAUAAGAAUCUCAAGCGGAUAAGAGACGAUGAGAUUUUAGUAGCUAAUUAUAAAAUACAUUUCUAA